AUGGUUGUGGAUUUCCGAACGAGGAAAAGUUCAAAUCCUCUCGAUCGGUACAUCUUGAGCUUUUUUCACAAUACUCCCUUGAGGGCCUUUGCCUUGCAGCCAUCUAAAGCAAAGCAAAGGUUCGGCUUUAAGGUAAGUCUGAAGGACAGACCUACAACCAGGCGAGGGAUACUGUCUAAGGUAAGUUCCUUAUACGACCCCCUUGGGUUCCUAGCACCUUUCAUCUUGGUAGCCAAGGUUCUUCUGCAAGGCAUCUGCCAGAAAGGUCUAGCAUGGGAUGAUCCAGUGGAUGAGAAGGAUCUCCAGACCUGGCAAGAAUGGCUUGAUGAUCUUCCCAGACUGACAGAGAUCAAGAUACCAAGAUGUCUCAAACCGGAAGUACUUGGAGAUCAAGUACUUUACCACUAUCAGCUCCACUAUUUCUGCGAUGCGUCAGAGCUUGGGUAUGCAGCUGUGGCUUACCUACGCAUAGUGGAUUCUGCUGGUCGCAUACACUGCUCAUUUGUUUGUGGUAAGUCUAGACUCAGUCCCUUGAAGGUCACCUCAAUACCAAGGCUUGAAUUGGCAGCAGCCGUACUAGCUGUUGACAUGGAUCACAUGAUUCAAGAGGAAUUAAGGUUACCGAUUGCUACCACAACGUUCUGGACAGAUUCAACUUCUGUUCUUAUGUACAUCCAAAAUGAGAGCAGAAGGUUCCAUACCUUCGUGGCAAAUAAAGUUGCUAAGAUUCGUGAGGCAACAGAACUAAGCCAGUGGCGACACGUGAACACUAAACUCAAUCCAGCUGAUGAUGGAUCAAGGGGUUUGAAGGCUCAGGAGCUUAUCACGAAUCCAAGAUGGCUCUCAGGACCCGACUUCCUCAAACAAGAGGAAGAAAACUGGCCAUCUUCUCCAGCUAUCUUGGGAGAACUGAAGAAAGAUGACCUGGAAGUAAAGAAAGACAGAGUUCAUGUAAAUACUGUCGUAACAAAGGACAGUGUGCAAGAACUGUUGACCAAAUCAAAUGAUCAAAAAGAUAGGUCAAAUGGUCGGAUUUCUUGGUAG